AUGAGUGUGAGUGGGGUUUUCUUGACUCUUGCUUUCGGAACUCUGGGAUGCGCCGGUUUACCAAGUAAGUGUAAGGUUGAGCAUCCGAGCUUUAUUGGAAAGACAGUACUUUGUAACCGCAUCGGUCUGACGACGUUUCCCGACGGAAUCCCGUCCGACACCGAACAUCUGGAAGUGUCCUACAACACCAUCAGGAGCGUGACUACCCUACCGUCGCUGCCACAGCUGCGCAAACUGUACAUGACGGAUAGCGCCGUCACUUUUCUAUCCUGGGAGGGUCUCCGGAAUUUUCCGGCUUUGCAAUUUCUUCAUUUGUCAGGCAACAGACUUCGGUACGUGAAGAUAGACUCCGUCAUUGAGCAUCUGCCGAAGCUGCAGUAUGUCACGCUUGGUCACAACAGACUGACGUCUUUCUCCGAGUCCGAACUGGGGUGGCCACAGGUCAGUACUGCAGUGAUUGUUGGAAACCUUUUUCACUGUGACUGCGAUCUGCUCUGGCUGAUUGACAAGCUAACCUGUCUGCAGGCCUGCGGGGAAGGCGACCAGACCUGUUGCUCGUCCUGUGCAGCCUGCUUUCUCGCUUUGAGUCUAAAGAUUGGAUACCUUCACUGCGAAACUCCCAGUCGAUUGAAGCACGUCUCUUUGACUGACGUGUCUGCGAAGAUGCAGGAGUGCAGGGAGCAGGCAGUUCCUUCAACAACCAGUCUGGGGAUUUCCCAAUACGUGUCGGAGACGGCUUCCUCGCAGGUAGCAUCAAAUCGAACUGUAAAAGCAGAGAACCGCGUCGGCCAGGCACAGACCAUGGCGUCCACCACCUUGCAAGGAACUGCCCGCAAUACCACUAGACCCAAACCAACCGAAACUAGUGAGGACGCCGCUACAUAUCCUACCGAGGGAACAAGUAGUAAUUUUAUUUCCACCAACAUUCUACUCAGCGCCCUAGCUGCUCUUUGUGAAAGUAACUUUGACGCCCCCGCCUUAAGACCAAUCUCAGCAGAAGCCUGA